AUGGAUGCAUUGUGGGGCGUUGCUGGAAAGAUAGCUGAGACCGGGCCUGCAUCAGCAAACAGCAUCACGUACGUGACUAUCCUCAACGCCAUACGACAAAAUUUGUUGGUAAACGCACCAAAGGGAGAGAGUGACGAUGAAACUGCCGCACGUAAAGAGCGCGGCAUCGUGGAAGCCCGGCUCAUGUGGGAAGAUAUCAUCAGAAGGUGGGGGAGCGCAGACCUGAUGAUUGAUGAAGAGCUGGUUUGCGCAAUGGCCAGACUGCUGCUAAUUGGUAGCCGACCGCGAGACUGGGACGACGUGCUUUCUUUGGUUGAGCAGACAAUGGAUAUUCCACGACUUGUUCCCCGACUAGGCACUACAGAGCGGCAAAACGCAGGUUUCCCACGUUUACGAGCUCCCAACGUACCACGGGAAUACCGUGUCGAUGACGAUCACCUUUCGCCUGACAAUACCCCCGUGCGUGGUGACGAGUUCCUUCCUAUAAAACGAGAUUCGGAUGGUGCUCUAUCCAAUCCACUUGCGUAUGUUUGGCCAGGCAAUAACACUCUCUCUGUCAUUCAAGAAGCUUGCCAGAAGAUUGUCGCGAAUAAGGCCGCACAGGAAUACUGGGACCUCUUAACCGAUCCCCGGACCUACAAGAUUGUCCCGGACAUUGAUAAUUUGCACAUGCGUUUACGCAACCUUCGUCAAAACCGCGCCUCUGCUGCUGCCGUCCAAUUGAUGGAGCAAGACAUGAUGGAGAAGGGCGUCAAGCCUCGACCUGGCACAUUCAGAAUCGCCAUGAGUACCUGUGUCCGCGACAAGAAUAACCACAACUCCCUCAGGCACGCCGGUCGCAUUCUGAACAUGAUGUUCAAGACUUUGGAGGAUGCAGAUGCAAAGACCAUCACCUUAUACGCGGAGCUCGCAACCAGCUUUCCUCUCGCCAAGGGUUCCGACUUGAUCGAGGCACUUACUAUUCUCCGCCCCCUUGCCAAGAGCAUUCGCAUUCAGCUGGGUGUUGGUGCUGCCCCGACAAAAUACAAUAAAAAUGCUGUAACUCGGUCGUUGAAAGGGGAGGAGAGACAAGAUGCCAUUACUGCAAUUAGAAAGAUUCAUGGUGUGUAUGACAAGUUGCUAUUUAGCAACUUGGUCUCCGAGGAGAUGAAGACCCCAUUCAAGGCUGAGAGGGCGCGACUAUCUGCUUUUAUUCAAAGGAUACUAUUUCAAGACGGGCACUCCAGAUCAAAGGAAAAGAUCCAAUCACGGGGCUCAUUGGAAGAGGGAGAUAGGCACCGUUAUCUUCAAAACGAGACUAGACCGGGAGAAGCAGAGGAAGAGGAGAAUGAUAACAAGCCGGAGUGGAAGAAGCAGUGGAUGCAGCAGGUGGAGAGGCCACAACGGCGAAAGAUGAGAGUCUCGUCGGCUACGACAGACAUGAUGGGCAACGAUGGCGGUUCGAUUCCUAAACGCCGCGAGCUUGUCAAAGAAGCCGCAAAAGCCCUCACAACAGCCCAAAUCAAAGAGGCGCAAACCGAACAACAAGAAUACGCCUGGUCCACCGAUCCCCUUACGCGCAAACCCCUCGCCCGGCCUGUAGUCUCUGAUGCAGCGGGAGUGCUCUAUAACAAAGACUCGAUUAUCGAGUUUCUGCUCAAAGAAGAUGGCCAUGUGGAAAAGGCAGAGAUGAAGAAGGUUGGGGGUGUGAAAGACUCGGAACUGGGGACUUUUGGGGAUAGAGUAAAGGGGCUGAAAGACGUUGUUGAAGUCAAGUUUGAGGUCGAGGAGAAGAUGGGUGGAGAAGUUGGCGCAAAAGAUACUAAUGAGAGGUGGAAGUGUCCCAUUAAGGGAGAGAGACUGGGCGCUGGGAGCAAGGCAGUGUAUAUUGUGCCUUGUGGACAUGCAUUUGCAGGAAGUGUGGUCAAGGAGGUUUCUGAGCGUGUUUGCCUGACGUGCAACGAAGCCUACGCCGAAAACGACGUUAUUCCGAUUCUUCCUACUGCGCCCACCGACAUUGCGCGCCUCAAUCUGCGUCUAAAAACGUUGAAGGAAAAGGGUCUUACACAUGCACUGAAAAAGGCACCCGGUAGCAAGAAGAAGCGGAAGCACGCCGAAAAGGACGCAUCGGAAACCAGCACAUUGGCGAAACCUUCCUCCUCCUCCUCCUCUGACGAAGACAAGAAGACGAAGAAAGAAAACGGCACAGCAAAGCCAUCUACAACGACAGCAGCAGCGAGCGACGGUAUCAAGAACAGCGCAACCGCAUCGCUCACGCGCAAAGUGCUCGAGGAGCAGGAAGAAAGGAAUAAGAGGCGGAAAAUGGCUCAAAGCGACAACGUCAAUAGUUUGUUUUCAAAGAAAGAGCACAAGACGUCUGCAGGUAAUAGUGCGGAUUUCAUGACUAGAGGCUUCAGCAUUGGGAAGAAAUGA